GUAAUUGGUCUGCAUGCUGCCGAUCCGAGAUUCCACAGCGGGCCUUAGACCGGUCCUGUCAUUCCAAUGGGCUUGCACCUGGAAUUUCAAAGCCCCAAUCUGCUACAUUCAACUGGAUGGAAGAAUGGGUAAAGAUGGCUGAGGUGCGUAACAAUGUUACUGGGGCGUGCGCAGCCGGCCUCCCUUCCCCCAAGUCUCAUCUCUGUCCGUGUAUCUUUCCUGUCCUAUUCCUCCCUCCAUGUUGCAGCUUGAUUCUAGUCUAUAUCACUCACAGGCUGAUCGAAUGGAGAACUGUUUUUUCUUUAUCACGUCUCUCGCUUGAGCUUCCCUAUCUUCUGUGUGCCUCCCUUGAGAACAAGAAGAAGGGCCCGGGGAGUGUUCGCACCCAUACCAAAGAUAAUUCACUACGCGCAGGAUCACCUCGACUGAUUUCAUAUUGACGGCUCGUGUCAUUUAAACCAAUCACACCUUUUGAGCUCUAAAAGACACACCUGUUUGAUGGGCCGAUUGGAAGCGGCCCCCAUGUCUUCCAACGCGUAAACAUCACUCCUGCAGAAUGGCUCUUGU